GACCUUGUGCGCUCGGCGAGCGAACGAGCGGGCGGCGUCAGGUUCACGGGCGCCUCGUCCUGGCCCCCGGCUGGCGGCUGUGUCGGCCCCACGGCGCAGAGACUGUACAUGCUUUUUGGCUUUGGAGAACAGAACGCACCAUGGGACAACCUCAAAGAUAUCUCUCCAGACGGGCUCUCUUUCUUGGGUGAUGUGUCUGCUCUCCUGACUGUCUUCAUACCCAAAGGAUUUAUUUUCCUUUUGGAAAUAUUUUAAGUUGAAAUUUCGUUCCUUACUGGAAACUGUCUGCGCUAAAGACUGCAUGCAUCAUGGGUGACAUGGCAAACAACUCGGUUGCAUAUAGCAGCGUAAAAAAUGCUGUAAAAGAAGCUAAUCAUGGAGAUUUUGGAGUUACUCUUGCAGAGCUCCGUUCUCUUAUGGAACUUCGAGCUGCAGAUGCACUGCAUAAAAUACAGGAAUGCUAUGGUGAUGUACAUGGCAUCUGUACAAAGUUGAAAACUUCACCAAAUGAAGGUUUAAGUGGAAAUCCAGCAGAUAUAGAAAGGAGAGAAGCAGUUUUUGGGAAGAACUUUAUACCUCCUAAAAAGCCAAAAACAUUUCUUCAGUUAGUAUGGGAAGCACUACAAGACGUUACAUUAAUUAUAUUAGAAAUUGCAGCCGUAGUAUCCUUGGGCCUUUCUUUUUACCAGCCUCCAGGAGGAAAUGAAUCAUUAUGUGGAUCAGUAAAUGUUGGUGAAGAAGAGGAGGAAUCUGAAGCAGGUUGGAUUGAAGGAGCAGCAAUCCUCCUAUCUGUAGUUUGUGUGGUAUUAGUAACAGCUUUCAAUGACUGGAGUAAAGAGAAACAAUUUCGGGGAUUGCAGAGCCGUAUUGAACAAGAGCAGAAAUUCACAGUCAUCAGAGGUGGCCAAGUCAUCCAAAUACCAGUAGCUGACAUAAUUGUUGGAGAUAUUGCACAAGUGAAAUAUGGUGACCUUUUACCGGCUGAUGGUGUUCUCAUUCAAGGAAAUGAUCUCAAAAUUGACGAAAGCUCGCUGACUGGGGAAUCUGAUCAUGUUAAGAAAUCUCUGGACAGAGAUCCUAUGCUGCUGUCAGGUACACAUGUGAUGGAAGGUUCUGGAAGAAUGGUAGUUACUGCUGUGGGGGUGAACUCUCAGACUGGAAUCAUCUUUACCUUACUUGGGGCUGGAGGAGAUGAAGAGGAGAAGGAGAAGGAAAAAGAAAAGAAGGAAAAGAAAAGUAAAAAGCAAGAUGGAGCUGUUGAAAACCGUAACAAAGCUAAAGCUCAGGAUGGUGCAGCCAUGGAAAUGCAACCACUGAAAAGUGAGGAUGGUGGAGAUGGAGACGAAAAAGACAAGAAGAAAGCAAACUUGCCAAAGAAGGAAAAGUCAGUUCUCCAAGGCAAGCUCACAAAGCUUGCAGUUCAGAUUGGCAAAGCAGGUUUGUUGAUGUCUGCAAUCACAGUCAUUAUCCUUGUGUUAUAUUUUGUAAUUGAUACCUUCUGGGUUCAGAAGAGACCUUGGCUUGCUGAAUGUACCCCAAUUUAUAUUCAGUAUUUUGUGAAGUUCUUCAUUAUUGGAGUUACAGUCUUGGUGGUGGCAGUACCAGAAGGUCUUCCACUUGCAGUCACUAUAUCUCUGGCUUACUCUGUUAAGAAAAUGAUGAAAGAUAAUAACUUGGUGAGACAUCUGGAUGCAUGUGAAACUAUGGGCAAUGCAACAGCUAUUUGCUCAGAUAAAACAGGAACAUUGACUAUGAACAGAAUGACAGUGGUCCAAGCCUACAUCAAUGAAAAACAUUAUAAAAAAAUUCCAGAACCAGAAGCUAUUCCAGAGAAAACUAUGGCUUAUCUUGUGACAGGAAUUUCUGUUAAUUGUGCUUAUACUUCCAAAAUACUGCCUCCUGAAAAAGAAGGUGGCCUACCACGCCAUGUUGGAAAUAAAACUGAAUGUGCCUUGCUGGGAUUGCUCUUGGAUUUAAAACGUGAUUAUCAGGAUGUAAGAAAUGAGAUACCAGAAGAGGAUUUGUACAAAGUGUACACCUUCAACUCUGUUAGAAAAUCGAUGAGUACUGUGUUAAAAAACUCUGAUGGCAGUUUCCGGAUAUUCAGUAAAGGUGCCUCUGAGAUAGUUCUUAAAAAGUGCUUCAAAAUACUGAGUGCUAAUGGUGAACCAAAGGUAUUUAGACCUAGGGACCGCGAUGAUAUUGUGAAAACUGUAAUUGAGCCAAUGGCUUCUGAAGGUCUCAGAACCAUCUGCCUGGCAUUCAGAGACUUCCCAGCAGGAGAGCCUGAGCCAGAGUGGGACAAUGAAAAUGAUAUUGUUACUGGUCUGACAUGCAUUGCUGUUGUUGGGAUUGAAGAUCCUGUGAGACCUGAGGUACCUGAUGCAAUAAAAAAGUGUCAACGUGCAGGCAUAACUGUACGCAUGGUCACUGGUGAUAACAUUAACACUGCUCGUGCUAUUGCAUUGAAAUGUGGUAUUCUGAAUCCUGGUGAAGACUUCCUGUGUUUGGAGGGCAAAGACUUUAACAGGAGAAUACGCAAUGAAAAAGGAGAGAUUGAGCAAGAGCGAAUAGAUAAAAUUUGGCCAAAGCUUCGUGUUCUUGCAAGAUCUUCACCCACUGACAAACACACUCUAGUAAAAGGUAUAAUUGACAGCACUGUCUUUGACCAGAGGCAAGUUGUAGCAGUAACUGGUGAUGGUACCAAUGACGGUCCAGCUUUGAAGAAGGCAGAUGUUGGAUUUGCUAUGGGUAUUGCUGGAACAGACGUAGCUAAAGAAGCUUCUGAUAUUAUCCUUACAGACGACAACUUCACCAGUAUUGUUAAAGCAGUUAUGUGGGGACGAAAUGUCUAUGACAGCAUCUCCAAAUUUCUUCAGUUCCAACUUACUGUCAAUGUAGUAGCAGUAAUUGUUGCUUUUACAGGAGCAUGCAUAACACAAGAUUCUCCACUUAAAGCCGUGCAGAUGCUGUGGGUAAAUCUCAUAAUGGACACAUUAGCUUCUCUUGCCCUGGCAACAGAACCACCCACUGAAGCUCUUCUGUUGCGGAAGCCUUAUGGUAGAAACAAACCUUUGAUUUCUCGUACAAUGAUGAAGAACAUUUUGGGUCAUGCAUUCUACCAGCUUGUAGUGGUCUUCACGCUCCUGUUUGCUGGUGAGAAAAUUUUUGAUAUCGAUAGUGGAAGAAAUGCACCUCUGCAUGCUCCUCCUUCAGAGCAUUAUACUAUAGUAUUUAAUACGUUUGUGAUGAUGCAGCUUUUUAAUGAAAUUAAUGCCCGAAAGAUUCAUGGUGAAAGAAAUGUUUUUGAAGGAAUCUUUAACAACGCUAUCUUCUGUUCUAUUGUGCUGGGGACGUUUGUUGUGCAGAUAAUUAUUGUGCAGUUUGGUGGAAAGCCUUUCAGUUGCUCAGAGCUCUCAGUUGAACAGUGGCUGUGGUCCAUUUUCCUGGGCAUGGGCACAUUACUUUGGGGCCAGUUGAUUUCAACAAUUCCAACCAGCCGACUGAAAUUCCUUAAAGAAGCCGGUCAUGGAACACAAAAGGAAGAGAUUCCUGAAGAAGAACUAGCAGAAGAUGUAGAGGAGAUUGAUCAUGCUGAGAGAGAACUGCGUCGUGGUCAGAUCUUGUGGUUUAGGGGCCUAAACAGGAUACAAACUCAGAUGGGAUGGUCCUUUCUCUUGUUCUCUCUCUCUCUUGCUGAGCAAGCUGUCACAAUCUCUGAUUCCUUGCAGAUGGAUGUAGUGAAUGCUUUCCAGAGUGGAAGUACCAUUCAGGGGGCUCUAAGGCGGCAACCCUCCAUCGCCAGCCAGCACCAUGAUAUCCGAGUGGUGAAUGCAUUUCGUAGCUCCUUGUACGAGGGGCUAGAGAAACCUGAGACACGAAGUUCAAUUCACAAUUUUAUGACGCAUCCUGAGUUUAGAAUAGAAGACUCCGAGCCUCAUAUUCCCCUUAUUGAUGAUACUGAUGCUGAAGAUGACGCUCCAACAAAACGCAACUCUAGUCCCCCUCCCUCUCCCAAUAGAAAUAACAAUGCGGUUGACAGUGGAAUUCACCUUACAACAGACAAGAACAAGUCUGCUACCUCUUCAUCCCCAGGGAGCCCACUACAUAGUUUGGAAACAUCACUCUGAUUCUCCUUCAGUGGAAAUACAGAAAGUACUCUUUUGUGUUACCAGUUACCUUUAAACUGCAAUUUCAAGAUGGUAACAGCCCCACUCCAAAUAGCUCCUUGGAUAAAUGGAAACAUGGUGGCUGCCUUCAGAAUGAAUGUAAGUUAAGGUACUCAAAAGUCUUCACUGAGCCAAAAGGAUACUCCUGGGGAAUUAAUAGGUCUGCCUGAAAUUCUGAGACUCGCUGUGAGUACCGUGUAAUAAAUGUAUCUCUGACUGCUUAAGUGAGGGAGACUGAGAACUGACAUAAAGCACAGGUGAAAUGCACCAGAACUGAUCGACUAGAGAUUGAAUGAAGAAGUUAUGGCCUGCCUCUGCUGUAUUGUUCAGACAGCGAAGGAUGAUGAAACAGUACUUGGUCUGGCACUUCCUCAUAUUCCUCAUAGGUCCAAUACUACUUAAAAGAGCAACAGAAGACAUGAGUUGUAAGAUUUUCUUUUUCCAGCUCUGUAUUCUUUAAAAUAGCAAGUGAAUUUUUUUGUCAAAUAAUCCAGAAUUACGGACUUUUUUAAAGUGGUCCCUUCGGAGGACUGCAAGAAUUAAGUUGGUAAUGAGGAAGGAAAUAAUACUAGAGCUAACUGCAGAAAUGAGCAGGUUGGGAAGCUCAAGCACAUCUUUCCCUUGUGGUGGGGUACAUGCAUGCUUGGGGUUGUCCUUUAGUGGAUAUUGUUCAACCUGUGGCACUGUAUCCCACUGUCAACCACUCCUGAAUUCCAUCUUUUCUAUUGUACUUCAGUAAAUACACUGAAUUCUAGGUAAGGGGGUCGAGGGUGGGGGGUUGCACUUGACACUUUGUAUAGUAAUUUCUCCCACAUGUUUCUAGCACUUUUCUUACAUCAUAGUUCUUAUCUAGAGCGCUUGGUAGGGGGGGUCAGUUUUUAUGUAAGCUAUUUUCUCUUUACUACAAAAGUCAGAUAAGCAUUGGCUUGAAAUAAAGGGAGUUUUCUUUACCUGUGAAGUACACUGCCAUGUGGAAAAGUAUCUUCGUUUAGCUUCAUUAAUGAAUAAUGAUUUGACUUCAUUUCAAAACAGACUUUAAUUUUCCCCUCUUCUCUAGGUGUGAUCAUGACUGCAUGUUAUCUUUUUUGAAAUAAAAUCUACACUUAAGCCUUUUGUGGGGGGGUGGGAGGGUGAAUGUAGGCUUUGUACAUCGCUGGUCCCUCUUGAUUCUGUUAACAUCAGUGUGCUGUUCUUACAGGAAACUUCCUUACAGAAACAAGGAAAAGUUGUUUAAGAGGGGGGUAUGCUUUCUUUGUGAUCUCAAGAAAUCAUAACAUUGCCUAGAUUAUGAAAUGGUUUUCACUAAGCUCAUGAGGCCUUCAUUGCCUUUCUGGUUGUAAGGUUUACUUGUCUUUCUUCUUGUAACUGAAAUAAAUAAAAGUGCUGUUCAUCUCA